AUGCUAGGCUUAACCGAUGGCGUUGAAGUGAAGCUGAAUGUGAAGGUGGCUUUCGGGGAAAUCAAGUCGUGCGACCGCCUCUUCAAAGAUGUUAAGAUAGUCAUCGGUGGAGAAGAGUUCCCCAGUAAUCUGAUCCAGUUCGGCCUGGACGGUGUAGAUGUAGUCUUAGGCAUGGAUUGGCUGGGGCAGUUCAAAGCUCGAAUUCUUUGUGGUGAACAGAAAGUGGUACUUAGAGGACCAAGCAGGAAGAGGGUGUCUUAUCGAGGAACAGCGGUGGAGUCCGGGGUUAAGUUGGUAUCGAUGUUAAGGAUGAAGAAGUACAUUGAGAAGGGUCACGAAGCCUAUCUGUGUUCCGUUGAUGAUUUGAAGGCAAAGGGAGAUGCGGCUCAAUCCAUACCUGUGGUGUGCGAGUUCCUUGAUGUAUUUCCCGAGGAAAUCCCGGGCAUGCCUCCUCCUAGAGAAGUCGAGUUCUCGGUAGAUCUUGUGCCUGGAACGGCACCUAUAUCGAAGGCUCCUUACCGUUUAGCGCCCAAAGAAAUGUAG